AUGCUUCAAUCUCCUCUUUCUCACUCCACUGGGAGUCAUUCUCCUUCUUCCAUCAAAGUCGGAGACUCAGUUUUGUUUCAUUACAGAAUUUCUGCUCUAACACAAGAUCGUUCCGAAUGGGAAACGAUAGAAGACUCAUUCGAGAUAGACAAGCCCCUUCUAAUUGUAAUUGGAAAACAACAAACUCAAUUUAAAGAAAUUGAAGAGAAAUUAAUUGGCUUGACAGUCGGAGAGUCGACUGAAUUUGAGUCCGAAAAAGAUGCCAUUAGAUAUUCUAUAAAUCUUCAAUUAUUGAAAAUUAUCCAAACGAACAAUAUUUCCAAUACAGACUGGGAUAUGAACGAAACAGAAUUGUACAAUCUAACCCUUUCUAAAAAGGAGGAAGGGAAUAUAUUCUUUUCUCAAGGAAAGUAUAUUUCCUCAUCAAGGUGUUAUAGAAAAGGAAUUAAAUUGCUAAGAAAAAUUGAUAAAAGUAAAUGGGAUGAGGAAGAUAGAAAGAUAAGAGACCUUCUUAUAACAUUAUUUAACAACUUGUUAACAUGUGAAAUGAAACUGAAAAGAUAUGGCAAUGUUGUGAAAUUCAGUACGGAAUGCAUUGAAAACAUUGGAGCCAAUGUAAAAAGCUAUUUCAAGAGAGCAGAGGCUCACAUGAGCGAGGGAAACUUUUCUUUGGCCAUACAAGAUUUCAAGCAAGCACAACAACUCUUGUCCACCAUAAGCCCAAACGACAACAUUGCAAUUAUUAGUAAGAUAAUUACUGGCUCAGCAAAGACAAACACCACCGAUUCAGUUGAACUGUACAAGCAAAUGUCAAAUCUUAUUGAAUCGGAGUUUAACAAGUGUCGCAAAUUGGAGACUGAAUACAAUCAAAACAUGAAAAAUAUGUUUAAAAAUAUAUUUCAAUAA